CCAAAAUUUCCACCUCUGUCAUUCGUUCACAUGUUUAUAAGUAUCGUUCCGGCCUCCUUCUUUGUCCUUCUCCGCAAGCAGAGAAAUGGUGGAGAAAGGUGCCGGUUCGUCAUUGAACUCGCCCCUUCUUCACAUUUCUGAAGAUGGGUUGGUUUCUUCUAAUGGGGUGAUACGAUCAAGUGAUAGAAUUCGUAGAAGGCAACAAGUAGCGGAGGAAUUAAAGAGGCAGUUAUGGCUAGCUGGGCCUUUAAUAUUGGUUAGUCUAUUACAAUAUUCUUUGCAGAUGAUUUCCGUCAUGUUCGUUGGUCAUCUCGGCGAAUUGCCUCUCUCUGGUGCUUCUAUGGCCACUUCUUUCGCAACAGUCACUGGUUUCAGCUUAUUGAUGGGGAUGGCUAGUGCUUUGGAUACAUUUUGUGGUCAAUCUUAUGGAGCAAAGCAGUAUCAUAUGCUGGGAAUUCAUAUGCAGAGAGCUAUGGUUGUUCUUUUACUUGUGAGCGUCCCUCUUGCAGUUAUUUGGGCUAAUACAGGAGGGAUUCUGAAAUUACUUGGCCAAGAUCAUGAAAUUGCAGCUGAAGCUGGGAAAUAUGCCAUAUGCAUGAUUCCAACUCUUUUUGCGUAUGGUUUACUUCAAUGUUUGAACAGGUUCUUACAGACCCAAAACAUUGUUUUACCAAUGGUGAUGUGUUCUGCAACCGUAGUUUUGCUUCACAUCCUCAUUUGUUGGAUUUUUAUAUAUAAAGUAGGACUCGGAAUUCGAGGAGCGGCUAUCGCUAGCUCCAUCUCUUAUUCGCUCAAUGUGUUGAUGACUAUGCUUUAUGUUAAGUUCUCUUCUUCAUGUUCCAAGUCUUGGACAGGCUUUUCAGUGAAGGCUUUUCAAAACAUCCCAACUUAUAUUAGACUCGCAAUUCCUUCAGCUUGCAUGGUUUGCUUGGAAAUGUGGUCAUUUGAGUUGACCGUUCUCUUAUCUGGGCUUCUACCAAAUCCAAAAUUAGAGACAUCAGUACUUUCAAUAAGCCUUAAUACAGCUGCAAUAAUUUGGAAUAUCUCAUUUGGCAUGAGUGGUGUAGGAAGUACGCGAGUCUCAAACGAACUAGGAGCCGGCCAUCCUGCAGCAGCGAAGCUAGCUGGGUGCGUAGUAAUGACAAUGGUAACUAUUCAUGGGGUGGUUGUUGGAACUUUCUUCAUUCUUAUACGUGAUGUUUGGGGCUACGCUUUUAGCAACGAACAAGAAGUGGUUGAAUAUUUAGCAAAGAUGCUUCCUAUAGUUGCAGUUUCUGAAUUUUUCUCAGGUCUUCAAUGUGUACUUUCAGGCAUUGCUAGAGGGUGCGGGUGGCAAAAGAUAGGUGCAUAUGUCAAUCUUGGAUCAUAUUAUAUCGCGGGAGUUCCAUUUGGAAUUCUGCUUGCUUUUGUUUUUCACGUCGGUGGACAGGGGCUGUGGUUUGGCAUCAUGUCUGCACUCAUAGUCCAAGCAUCUUCUCUUGGUAUCAUUACCAUCCGCACCAACUGGGACCAAGAAGCAAAGAAAGCUACAGAACGAGUAUACGACACAACAAUUCCAAGUAACGUUGUCUCAUGAAACUACAGUAAUUUUUUGGUGAAGGGGCUUUGUGAUUGACACGAUUGAGCUCUUGCUUUCUUUUCAAAAUCAAUAAAUUGUGUAAGCCAAGCUUGAAAGGUUCAUUUUUUAUCAAUAACAUGGGCUCUUACACAAAUAAAUGAUAUCUUAGUUUCCAUUAUUGUGUUUAGAAAUCAUUCAAUAUUUCAUUUGUAUUAUUCUUUGCUCUCUAUAUUGAAUGAACAUCUCAAACAUAAGCAUUGCAAAAUAAAGGUGGAGAGUAUAUAUAUAAAAGAAGAAAAAUAUUGAAUUUUUGA